UCUUUGUCUUCUCUCUUAUUUUUGCCUACUUUAUCUUACAUAUUUCGCUUUUACAAUGUCACAAGCAGAAGAGAACAUUGACAACUCGCAUUAAGUUGCGAGAGGCGUCAAAGAAUUUGAGCAUCGCGGUUGAAAUCCAUGGCGAUACUGUGCAUCGUAUUGGCAACUCUGCCUUGCAACUUUACAUGGCUAGGGUUGGCUAUGAUACUAAGAUGUGGUCUGUUUUGGCGGAAAGCGAGGGUCCAUUGAGUCUCGCGCAAAUUGCGGAAAAGACUAAUUUUGACCCUCUCCUUCUGAAGCGUUUUCUUCGUUACUACCAGUCAUUCCGGAUGCUGUCUCAACCUGGCGACGAUGCGUACGUUGCCAACAAUGUGACUAAAGCGCUCGCUGGGCCAGAUGGCGUAGCAGUCGAGUACUUUACUACUGUCUUGCAGAAGCCGUUUGAAGCGGUACCCCGCUAUCUUAAGAGCCAUAAUUACGACAAUCCUACCAAUCCAUCAGAUUCACCCUGGCAAGAGGGUUAUGAGACAAAGUUACACCCCUUUGCAUGGCUGCAGAGUAAUGCUGAACACUUUGAAUUGUUCAUGCAGUGGGUGCACUUGAGCCGCGCUGGUCUCCCAAUGUGGUUCGACGUCUUUCCCUUCGAUCAGAUUGUUGGCAAGGGAAGCGAUAAAGAUACAAUUCUAUUUGUCGACGUUGGAAGUGCUCUGGGACACCAGAGCAUUGCACUACGCCAGCGCUUCCCAGACCUCCUAGGACGGAUCAUUAUUCAGGACACGGCACAAGUCAUUGGUGCGGUGCAGCCAAGUCAUGACAUUGAGUCCCAGAUCUAUGACUUCUUCACCCCUCAGCCGGUCAGAGGCGCUCGCGCGUAUUACCUGCGAAACAUUGUGCAUGAUUGGGCAGAUGAGCAGGUGGUCAUGAUCCUGAAGAAUCAAAUCACUGCCAUGUCAGAGGAUUCCGUGAUCCUCCUAGACGACAUGGUUCUCCCAGAGAAGGACUCGCCUUGGCGGGCGACACAGCUGGACAUGACGAUGCUGGCGGCCCUUGCAGCCAUGGAGAGAUCGGAGACUCAGUGGCAUGCAUUGUUAGAAAAGGCAGGGCUAGAAAUUGUGAAAAUCUGGAAGUAUACUGAGGAAUGCGACGACAGCAUUGUCGUAGCAAAGCCAAAGAAGGUCGCUUAG